UCUAUUAUUAUGGCGUCUGUUGUUCCUUAUCUCCUACUGUAUUUCCUUUUCCUAUCAUGUUCUCUCUGAAAAAGAAGAGGAAGAAAAAAAAAAGGAAAAAAAAGAUCUCAAUAUUCUGAAUACCAUUUCCAUUUGCAUGGUUGAGUUUUGAUUUUUCUGUUUUCUCUGCUUGGAUUCUUGUUUUGUUCUGUUUAGAUGAAGAUGAAGAUGAAGAGGGAGCUUGAGGAUGAUAGAUCUACUGGUGGUGGUGUUUACGGCGGCGGAAGGCAGGGGGUUGGGAAAGGGGAGUGUUCUUCAGUGUUGAGUGGGAAAGUGAAGAUGUGGGAGGAGGAGGAGGAGCAAGAGGUCGGCGGCGGAGGAAUGGAUGAGUUGCUUGCUGUUUUGGGCUAUAAGGUUAGAGCGUCGGACAUGGCGGAUGUGGCGCAGAAGAUGGAGCAACUGGAGAUGGUGAUGGGAUCUGUUAAGGAAGAUGGGAUUUCUCAUCUGGCUUCUGAUACUGUUCAUUAUAAUCCUUCUGAUCUCUCUGCUUGGAUUCAAAAUAUGCUCUCUGAAUUCAAUAAUACACCCAACCAUUUCAACUCUUCUUCUAUUUCUACUCCUCCUCCUCAAUCUUCUCAAUAUUCCAAUCCUCACUCACGGAUUCAAUCCAGGCCUUCGCGGUUGUACGACGACGAUUCUGAGUACGAUCUCAGCGCCAUUCCUGGCGUAGCGGUUUUUCCCUCCAAAGAUUCCUCAACAGAAAUCGAAACUAAUUCUCGCAAGCGAGUGAAAAUUGAAGGAGAGAGUUCGGUGAAUUUGUUGCCGCCAUCGCCACCGUUUGUUGCUGCUGCGGCAGCGGCCGGGAUUGUCUCUGAACCUUCUCGGCCGGUGGUGGUUGUGGAGGAGGGCUCGCAAGACGCAGGGAUUCAACUCGUUCACACUCUAAUGGCCUGCGCCGAGGCCGUGCAGCAAGAGAACAUGAAGAUCGCUGAGGCAUUGGUGAAGCACAUCGGAUUACUAGCGGUAUCGCAAGCCGGAGCGAUGAGGAAAGUCGCGACGUAUUUUGCCGAAGCCCUAGCUCGUCGGAUUUACAGAAUCUACUCUCCUCAAGACGGAUUUUACUCUUCAUACGCCGAUAUCCUCCAGAUGCACUUUUACGAGACCUGUCCGUAUCUGAAAUUCGCGCAUUUCACUGCGAAUCAAGCGAUUCUCGAAGCAUUCGCGUCGGCAUCGAGAGUUCAUGUCAUCGAUUUCAGUCUCAAUCAAGGUAUGCAAUGGCCGGCGCUGAUGCAAGCGCUCGCAUUACGGCCAGGAGGUCCGCCGACGUUUCGAUUGACUGGAAUCGGCCCGCCGAAGCAAGGUAAUACAGCCGAUUCGUUGCAGCAAGUCGGUUGGAAGUUAGCACAGAUGGCGGAGGCCAUUGGUGUGGAGUUUGAGUUCAAUCAAAUCGUGUGUAGUAACCUAGCUAAUCUCAAUCCGGCGGCACUGGAGAUUCGGCCGCCGGCGGUGGAGGCUGUGGCGGUGAAUUCGGUGUUCGAUCUCCACCGGUUACUGGCUCGGCCUGGAGCGAUCGAGAAGGUUUUGGGAUCGAUAAAAGCAACGAAGCCGAAGAUCGUGACGAUUGUAGAACAAGAAGCAAACCACAACGGGAGGGUUUUCAUGGACCGGUUCACCGAGGCGUUACAUUAUUACUCAAACAUGUUUGACUCGCUCGAGGUUUCCUCGACCGGGUUUGAACCGGCAAGUGAGGACGUAUUGUUGUCUGAAGUUUAUUUAGGAAGGCAGAUUUGUAAUGUGGUGGCUUGUGAAGGACCAGACCGAGUCGAACGGCACGAGUCGUUAACUCAUUGGCGAACUCGGAUGGAAUCAGCUGGGUUCAACCCGGUUCAUCUCGGUUCGAACGCGUUUAAGCAAGCUAGCAUGCUUUUGGCCCUCUUUGCUGGAGGAGAGGGGUACCGAGUGGAAGAGAAUAAUGGGUGUUUGAUGCUUGGCUGGCACACUCAACCGUUGAUCGCCACGUCAGCUUGGCAGCUCGACGCCGAUGAGUCGACCCAGUGAGUUCGUGGC